AUGUCGGCUAUACGUGAAGUCAAAUACUUACAGGAAAUGCAACAUCCAAACGUUAUUGAAUUGAUAGAUAUAUUUAUGGCUUAUGAUAAUUUGAACCUCGUUUUGGAGUUUCUCCCUACCGAUUUAGAAGUGGUAAUAAAAGACAAAUCAAUACUGUUCACACCAGCAGAUAUAAAAGCAUGGAUGCUCAUGACUUUGAGAGGAGUCUACCAUUGCCAUAGAAACUUUAUUUUACACAGGGAUCUGAAACCAAAUAAUUUACUAUUUUCACCAGAUGGCCAAAUCAAAGUGGCAGAUUUUGGUCUAGCAAGAGCCAUACCUGCCCCACAUGAAAUCUUAACGAGUAACGUGGUGACUAGAUGGUACAGAGCACCAGAGCUUUUAUUCGGGGCCAAGCAUUAUACAUCUGCUAUUGAUAUUUGGUCAGUAGGGGUUAUAUUUGCGGAAUUAAUGUUAAGAAUACCAUAUCUACCAGGACAAAAUGACGUAGACCAAAUGGAAGUCACAUUUAGAGCCUUGGGCACGCCCACGGAUAGGGCUUGGCCUGAGGUUUCUUCCUUUACGUCAUACAACAAGUUACAAAUAUACCCACCCCCUUCGAGGGAUGAAUUGAGAAAAAGAUUCAUCGCUGCUAGUGAAUAUGCAUUGGAUUUUAUGUGCGGAAUGCUAACGAUGAACCCACAAAAGAGAUGGAAUGCAAUUGAGUGUUUAGAGAGUGAUUAUUUCAAAGAAUUACCGCCUCCCAGUGAUCCCUCAACAAUUAAAAUACGUAGUUGA